AUGUCGUUUUUCAACCUCGAGUUCAACCAGUUAACCGGGGCGAUCCCUACCUCCAUUUGGAACCUCUCGUCUCUCGUUCUGUUCUCCGUCAUGUAUAACAGGCUAAGCGGCAGGAUGCCUCCCGACGCAUUCGCCGCCAUGCCCCAUCUCCACCAGAUCCAAAUCAACAACAACCAGUUCCAUGGCCCUUUCCCGGUGUCCAUAGCAAAUGCUUCCAACAUUUCUCUAGUUCAGCUCGACAGCAACCUUUUCGCCGGCAUCAUUCCCCGUGAUAUCGGCAGGUUAAGAAAUCUCAGCAUUCUACUUCUCGGCAACAAUCUGUUUGAAGCUCAUGAGCCAAGAGAUUGGGGAUUCAUAACCGAAUUAACUAAUUGCUCCCAGUUAGGACUGCUGGGAUUGGAUGGUAAUAAGUUUGGAGGUGUUCUUCCAGAUUCACUCUCCAACCUUUCCACGUCACUGUAUGAUCUUCAACUCGGGUCCAACAAGAUCACAGGAAACAUUCCAGAGGGUAUUAGUAACCUCAUCAACUUACAAAAGCUCGACAUGUCGCACAACUUCUUCACGGGAAGUCUCCCCUCUUCAUUGGGAAGGCUUCCAAAAUUGGCCAGUUUCUAUGUCAUUGCAAAUAAGUUGGCCGGGCCGGUCCCGUCGGCCAUAGGAAAUCUUACUGAACUAUCUGAUUUGCGGCUCGACAUGAACGCGUUCAGUGGUAGAAUACCAAGCGCACUUGGAAACCUGGCAAAGCUCUCCUCACUAGGUCUUUCAGCAAAUAGUUUCAUUGGUCCCAUACCCAGCACAUUAUUCAGCAUCCAAACACUCUCGAUGGUACUUGAUGUGUCACACAAUAAUAUAGAGGGAUCCAUACCACAAGAAAUCGGGAACCUGCAAAAUUUAGCAGAAUUGCAUCUAGAGUCAAACAAAUUAUCUGGUGAAAUCCCCACCACCGUUGGAGAGUGUCGAUUUCUAAAAAGUCUUUAUCUGCAAAACAACUCCCUGAAUGGUAGCAUCCCAUCAACCCUGAAUCAACUGAAGGAUCUUGAAACUCUUGACCUGUCAAGCAACAACUUGUCAGGCCAGAUACCCAAGUUCCUUGGCAACAUCAGCAUGCUCCAGUAUCUGAACCUUUCCCUUAACCGGUUUGUCGGAGAAGUGCCGACCUUUGGUGUCUUCGCAAAUGCUACUUCAAUCUCAAUCGAAGGCAACGUUGAACUUUGUGGUGGAAUACCUACUCUGCAUUUGCUUCCCUGUUCUUCUCAAAUAGCACACAGGAAACACAAACUUUUAGCGGUUCCUAUUGUUCUAUCUCUCAUUGCAACACUAGUCGUGCUUGUAACACUGUACAAGCUUAGCAUGCGGCACAAGAAAAAUAGAAGACAAACCCUUUCACCUACAUCCAUGAAAAGCCAUCCAAAGCUAUCUUAUUCACAGCUGGUAAAUGCAACAGAUGGGUUUUCAGCAGCCAACUUUUUGGGUUCUGGAUCGUUUGGGAUUGUGUACAAGGGAGAGCUAUAUGACCAAGUAGGCAAUAGAACAAUUGUCGCUGUGAAGGUACUGAAACUUCAAACUCCCAAGGCACUCAAGAGUUUCGCCGCCGAAUGUGAAGCACUUAGAAACAUCCGGCACAGAAAUAUUGUCAAGAUAGUCACGAUCUGCUCAACCUUUGAUACUAGAGGGCAUGGUUUCAAAGCAAUUGUUUAUGAAUUCAUGUCCAAUGGUAGCCUAGCUGGGUGGCUACAUCCCGAGCAAACAGAGCCGAAGCAACUGAACCUGUGUGUUAGAGUGACCAUACUACUUGAUGUGGCUUGUGCGCUGGAUUAUCUUAGCUAUCAAGGAGGCUUCUUUGUACAUUGUGAUGUUAAGCCAAGUAAUGUGCUCCUAGAUGCUGAGAUGGUAGCCCACGUUGGAGAUUUUGGACUUGCAAGCCAAUGCUGGGAAUUUUCUGUCGAGGAGAACUCAUCUCUCGAACUGUCAAAGAGCUCGAUGGGACUUACAGGAGCAAUAAACUCAUCUUUCCAACAGUCAACGAGCACGAUGGGAUUUAGGGGAACAAUUGGUUAUGCUGCACCAGAAUAUGGGGCUGGAAACAAGGUGUCAACAAACGGAGACAUUUACAGUUACGGGAUUCUUGUUCUAGAAACUGUAACUGGGAAGAGGCCCACAGACAUCAUAUUCAGACAAAGACUGAGGCUCCGUGAAUACGUUGAGCAAGCUCUGGGUCAUAGCAUGAUGGAUGUUAUCGACAAGCGGCUCCAAGAUGAGCUCCAGACCGCGGAUGAUAUUUCAAGGAAGAAAAAGAUGGAUUGUCUGACAUCGCUGCUCGAACUGGGAAUGUGGUGCUCUGACGAAACACCGACGCGCAGAAUGCUAACUGGAGAUAUCGUCAGGCAAUUGGAGGCCAUCAAAGAAUCCCUUUCUUAG